AUGUCUUCUCCUGUCGCUGCUGGUCAGAUCAAUUCUAUCCGAAACUAUUUCAUAUUGUCACCAAAUCAACCACCACGCCAGCCACAGCCACGCAAGUUAUUCCCAGUUUUCAAGAAAAAAGUUGGAGUUUGCCGUACCAAACUUGGUAAACAAUUGUACAACGGAAGUACAAGUGAUUCAAGUGUUGGGUCAGACACUGAGAGUGCUACUAAAUCCGACUUCAGGCAUCGCUACACAUUGUCGGUGAAACGUCGAAUCGUCGUGUACGCUCAGCAGCACGGUCAGCGAGCAGCCGCAAGACAAUACUCAGUACACCACAGUAAUGUCACCAGGUGGAUGAGAGACGAAGCGACCGGGAAGUUGAAUAUUCAACGCGUCUCACGGUAUGGCAACAUUCCCGGAAGUGGUGGCAAACUGUCUUACCCCAAAGAAAUUGAGGACAAGCUGGUAAAAUGGAUUCUAGAACUCCGGGACAAUCAAGUUCCAGUGUCAACAAAUAUGCUUCGCCAGAAAGCCAAAGAACUAAUCCGUCCGCACAAUGUCAAUCCAGUGUUCAAGAGUUCAGCGGGAUGGGCGCGUCGAUUUCUAAGUAGACAUUCUCUGUCGAUACGACGUCGCACAUCGAUGGCCCAACGACUGCCAACCGAACUCGAAGACAAAAUAACUGCGUUCCAUGACUUCAUUGUUGAGCAAAGACGGACUUACAAUUUUCCACUUGAGCUCAUCGGAAAUAUGGACGAGACCCCGGCAUAUUUUGAUUUGUUGCCGAAUACAUCCAUCGCUCAGCAAGGGACAAAGACGGUCAGUAUUCACAGCACCGGUGCAGAGAAAUGUCACCUGACAGUAAUUUUGACGGUUCUUGCAAAUGGUACGGUUCUAUCGCCAAUGAUUAUUUUCAAAGGUGUAAGAAAGUUGAACUUGAAUGUACCAAAGGGCAUGGUUGUCGAAGUACAGAAGAAAGGAUG